AUGUCAAAAUCGAAUCAACAGCAACAACCAUGUAUAAAUUCACAUAUAGUAUCAUGUCUAAGUCAACAUAUAAUAACUCUAAAGUCAAGAGGUGAUGUUAAGAAAAUCGCUACUUAUAAGAAGGCUAUCAAUUCAAUAACGGCGUACCCAUUACCGAUCUUUAGUGGUAAAGAAUGUGAGAUUCUCUCGGGUGUUGGUCCAUCUAUUUCAAAGUUGAUCGAUAGUCAUCUUGCAAAACAUCCUCAUCCUCUCUAUCCCAAUGGACCAAACACACCUCUCAAAAAGAUAUUAAACUACAACAACAAUAACAAUAAUAAUAUUAAUAAUAAAAGUAGUAAUAGUAUUUCAUCAACAAUUACAGAUACAACUACAAAAUCUAAAUCAAAAAAAUCAUCUUCUAGUAAAUCAAAUAAAUCAAUAGAAGAUGAUAAAGAUAAUGAUAGUAAUAGUAAUAGUAAUAGUAAAUUAAAGAAAACAAAGAAAUCAUCAAAGUCUAAAGUAAAAGAAUCAGAUAAGGAAAAUAUCGAUCCAAAUUUUAUUGAUUUGGAUGAGGAAAGUGAUAAUAUUGUAAAUAAUCAGAAUAAUCAGAAUAAUCAGAAUAAUAAUAAAACACCAAAGAAAUCACCAGCCAGAAUAAUAAACAAUAAUUCCAAUCGAUUCGAUUUCAACUUUGACGAGAUUAUGCCGAUGAGUCCAGGUGGUAAAACAUAUCAGUCAUGUGAUCCAGUUACUCCAAUGAAUAGCGAUAAGAGUUUCCAAAUGGACUUGACGAUGGAUGGCAACGAUAACAGUAACUUUUCUUUUGAUUUUGGCACUCCAACCAAGUUAGCAUCAACAACAGUAUCACCUAGGAAAUCACAUAAGAAAUCACCAACCAAAUACCGAUCUCCAUCAACAACAACAACAUCCUAUUUAUUUUCACCAUUAAAAUCACCACUUUUCACUCCGCCGAAAUCACCACAGAGAUUCAUUAUCGGAUCGCCCAACAGAUCAAUAAAAUCACCUUUGUCAACACUUUUUACACCACCCAGCUCGUCCUCAUUUGCAAGAUCAUCAUUUCAAUUCAUUUCACCAGCUCCAAUUGAAUUGGAGUCAAAUUACCUUUCUGAUGACAAUGAUAAUGUUACGGAUUCAGGUAUACUUCACUGGUCACCAUCAAAUAAAUCACAAACUCCCUCAAAGUCAACAAGAGAACAUAAUCUAAUUUCACCAUUCAAAUCACCAUUCAAAUCACCAUUUAGAUUAAAUGGAACACCUAAGCGUUUAAAGAAUUGCACUUCACCUUUUGCCAGAUUAUAUAAUAGCCAUUUGAACAGUAUCAAUAGAGAUAAUAAUGAUUUCCCACCUUCUCCAUUCAAAUCGACAACACCAAAGACAACAACGACGACAACAACAACAUCAACGACAAAUCCAUUAUCCUCUCCAGCAAAGCUACUACUUAAAAGAAAAUGUGAUUUAGAUGUAGAUAGUAAUGUAUAUAGUAAGGAAUUAGAAUCAAAGAGCAAAUCAACAAAUAAGAGAUCAAGAAUCAAUUUUAACGAUAAUCCAGCUAAUUCACCACUACCAUCAUCAUCAUUAGAUACACAACCAACAAUACCCAUUUCAUUACCAUCAAACAUCACUAUUCAAUCAAAGACAUUACCAUUUCCAAAGAAUAUUAUUAUAUUUAAGAAAGUAUUAUGUAUUGUCGAUAAUAGAGAAGUGAAAUCAAGAAAACGUAUCGAUGAUCUAAGUAGUUCCAUUAUCGACGGUCGAUACAAAGAACAGAAAUUUAGAUUAUCGCGUUGCGGUUGUAAGAAUAUCUUUUAUGUGGUGGAGGGUCGUAUGCACAAAGAGAAUGGUUGGGGUACCGUCAACUAUGGUCUGCCUGUGGAGACACUCACCAGUGCAUUGGUAUCGACAUUCCUUCAUGAUGACAUUGUAGUGCGUGAGACACCCAACCUCGAUGCAACCAUAGACUUUAUCAAACAAACGACAGAGUUGAUAAAGUCAAAAGUUAAAGCUCAGUUGUUUGAUAAAUCAAAGUUGGACACAUCGUUUCAAUCGUCAGCAGCAGCAGCAUCAAGUAGGAGAACAUCAUUAUUUGUUCGCACAACAACAACAACAACAACAUCGAGUGAUGGAAACGAUAUAUGUACUCUGGAAUCAUUUAAUAAAAGGAAUCAAAAGAAUAAGGAUAUACCACUGCAAGAGUUCUUUGCUGCCAUGCUCAUGCAAAUAAGCGGUUGUUCCUCAGAGAAAUCAGCAUCGAUUGUCGAACUCUAUCCAUCGCCACUCGCUCUGACGCUUGCCUAUCAGAAGUUGAAUACCGACGACGAUCGUUUAUCAAUGCUCAAAGACAUAAGAUAUGGUCAACAAAAAAAGAAGAUUGGACCGGCUAUCAGUCAAUUAAUUGCCACCUAUUAUUGUGAUUUAAAUUUAAAUUAA